AUGGAGAGUUGUACGUUGCAUAAAAUUCUCGAGUCUUUCAAUGCCCCAAUAAACGAGGACCAAGCCUGGGCGGUGUGCUUCCAAUGUGCCAAGUUUGUGCAGAAUCACCACUCACUAGCUUCUCAAUCUAACUCCGUAAAGUUAGUGAACCGGCGACAAAAACUCGAACAGUCGAAUAGUAAUGAUAAUAAUAAUAAUAGCAAUCAGCUGAUCACUUUGAACCAUGUUGUCUUGGGGAUAGAUGGGAAUAUUCUGGCGCUAUUCAACCAAUCAAGUUCUGUCCCGAAUGUAAGAGAGAAAGAGAUUGUCAGAUCGUUGGGCAUUACUUUAUUUCAAGCAUUGGAUUUUGGCCUGAGUGAGAAUGAGGAGCAGAAAUUGUCGUCUGCCCUUGAAAGUUUGAUCGGCCAGAUGACAGGAGAGGGAGGUACAAGGAACCAAGAUGGCGAUGAGGGAAUCGUUGAUGAUGACAAAGAUGACGACAUCACAAUUGAUGAUGUCAUUGAAAUUUGCAGCAGGCACAUAGGAAAGGAUGUAGAUGUAGCCAUGCACUGCAAAGCUGUCUGUCGAGCGCUCGUUCACGAAUCAGCAGAACUGAGCACAUUUCUCGAAAGAGUUGUCUCAGAACAUGAAAAGCUGAACGAGCUGUGUGAAGAGAAGGGUUCAACAGACUCCAUUUCAACAUUACAGAGAAGAGAUUGGGCCAGAUUGUGGAUGCAGGUGAUGAAUGAAUUGAGAUUAGGAGUGAAGUUGAAGACUGUUCAGUCGACUAUCAACCAUCCGCUAGAGUACGAACUGACACCUUAUGAGAUACUAAUGGAUGAUAUCCGGAUCAAGAGAUACACACUCAAUAAAACAUUUAAGAGUGUGGACAGCUAUCCGGUAAAAGUGAAGAAGGAUGUGCACGAGAUCAUUCUGGAUUUCAUCAGAUCUCGCCCCCCGCUUCAACCUGUGGGGAAGAGGGUUCUUUCAGCUCUUUCUGAUAGGGGCCAUCUGGACCCUAGGCAAGAGUUACUGUUAUCCAUUCGAAACCACCCACCCAAACUUAGGCCCACCCCUGGCCGGACUGGAAGGAAUGAUGGAAUCGCAAUGAACGAGCAAAAUGGUGGCCCUGUUAAGAAAGUUAUCAAACCGGAUCUGAAGCUGUUGGCUUUCAAUAAUUCAGAUGAUGAAGAUAAUGAUUCAUUUGACGGUUACAACAAAGAUGCUGGUGGUGAUGAUGGUGACGAUGAUGACGAUAUCGGUGUCGAUGAUAAUGAUGAUGAUAAAAACAAAGUUUCAGCUUCACUCUUCACACCACUGACACCACUUUCGCCACAAAGUCCCCCGAAGCACCUUCCAUGGCAGCACACCGCACUAGACUUGCUGAUGUUAAACAUGGCGUCACCUUGGAAACCAGUGAGAAGGCACAGCAUAACUGUCUGUGAAACGGCUCGAGUUUUCAAAAAUUUUCCUCUUCCAAAGCCGCUAGCGUCAUCGUCAGCGUCGUCGUCAUCGUCAUCUUAUAACAAGCGUGUGGGUUGUUCGUCGUCGUCAUCUUCUUCGUCCACGUCAUUCCAGAAUCAAAUUGAUAACUUCAUGGCUCCUGAUUUUCACAACAUGACAACAACGAUGGAAUGUUUGUCGCUGACAAUUGAAGAGGUCAUGCACAUCAGAGGUGUCCUCACGAAAGCUGAACUCGAGUGUCUGUCCACACACACACAACUACGUGAGAUGCUGGAAGCUGGGAAGUUGUGUUUCACAUGCAAGAAAGUGAAGUUCUCCUUAUUUGGUCCCUGGUCCAUAAAGUGCAAGUUUUGCAACAGGAACGUCUGCAGCCACUGUUCUAGCAAGAUGAGGAUUCCGACAGAGCACUUUGAGCACAUUCCCGUAUACACGCUGAAUCCAUCCCUCUCCUCUUCUUCACACUAUCACUGCUUCGAUAACUCGCUGAGCGGAUCGGCGCCAUCGUCACCAGUCAGAGAGAUCAAGAACAACAACCACAAAAAUGCUGGUAGUAGGCUUCAGAAGACCACAUCCUUCGACGUUGCUCCCAACCUCUCCACCACCACCACCACCGCCGCCAACAACAGCAACCACAGCAGCCACAGACGGACACUCAUCCAACCACCUCCACAAAAAGAAUCAAUACUGGACCAAGCCAAGAAGACCAUCCUGCUACGUUCUAGCACUCUCAGACCGUUCGCCUCUUCAUCCUCAUCAUCCUCAUCAUUGAAGUCACAGCUGCUAGAGUCUGGACCCCUCAUGAAUAUAUGCAACGACUGCAAGAAUAUGGUCAUUAGCAUAAUUAGGGCAAGUAGGCGGUGCUUGUCGAUGAUUGGUCGGCAGGAUUCGAAGGGGCGGGGCGAGAGAGCCUACAGCGCUCAUCCAACUUCAUCGAGGAAGAAGAGUUUCAAGUUGGAUCUCGUGAGAGAGAAUAGUGAAUGA